GUACGCCUGCAACUUGUUCUUCAUCCGGAGGAAGUUGCCCAAAACGCGUGGAAAGAAAGGCAGAGGAAUGGCAGGGAGACUGCAGUCUACGAAGAACUGUAAGGAUUAAAACAGUUUUUGCCUCUGAAGAUGUGGAACGACGAGAAAAGAAAGUAAAGAAAUUAAAAAGGGAAAAGAAUAAAAGAAAGAGAGAGAGAGAAGAGACAGAGAAGGAUUAAAGCAAAAGGGGUUUUUGUUUUGUAAAGCGAGAAUUUGAAAUGUCACAAGAUUCUGAGGAGAUAAAGACGAUUGAGCAGUGGAGAUGGUCUGAAAUGCAGGGGCUUGAGCUCGUGUCGGGUGAGGCUGAAGGAUUUAAAGCAGAAGGGGAAGCAACCCACAAGGGAGGAGAAUCAAAUGAAGCUGCUGAGGAGGUAGAGAGAGGAGUUGGUGAAGCUACUGACCACAGUGGUGGUGGGAAAGGAGGAAUGGAAGCUUCUCACGGGAACAAGGAUGUGGGGGAGGAGAAGCCCGGUUCGUCUCCUUCCUCGGUGGGAUUCAAGGAGCUGUUCAGAUUCGCAGAUAGACUGGAUUAUAUUUUGAUGGCGAUUGGGACGGUUGGAGCCAUCGUUCAUGGCUGCUCCUUGCCUUUGUUUCUCCGGUUCUUCGCGGAUCUUGUGAAUUCAUUCGGUUCCAACGCCAAUAACAUAGAUAAGAUGACGCAGGAAGUCGUGAAGUACGCUUUCUACUUUCUUGUGGUGGGAGCGGCGAUUUGGGCGUCUUCCUGGGCUGAGAUAUCAUGUUGGAUGUGGACGGGAGAGCGUCAAUCGACAAGGAUGAGGAUCAAGUACUUGGAAGCUGCUCUGAGCCAGGAUGUGCAGUUCUUUGAUACAGAGGUUCGCACCUCCGAUGUUGUUUUCGCCAUUAACACGGAUGCCGUGAUGGUACAAGAUGCCAUUAGUGAGAAGUUGGGUAACUUUUUACAUUACUUGGCCACGUUCGUGUCUGGAUUCGUGGUCGGUUUCACCGCAGUUUGGCAAUUAGCCCUUGUCACUCUCGCUGUGGUUCCUCUCAUUGCUUUGAUCGGAGGUAUCCACACCACUACAUUGGCCAAGCUCUCUUCCAAGAGCCAGGAAGCUCUGUCUAAAGCAGGGAACAUCGCAGAACAGACAAUCGUUCAAAUCAGGACGGUUCUAUCAUUCGUUGGUGAAUCAAGAGCCUUACAGGCUUACUCGUCAGCCUUGCGUAUAGCUCAGAGGAUCGGUUACAAGACUGGGCUAGCCAAAGGAUUGGGAUUGGGUGCCACAUACUUCACCGUUUUCUGCUGCUAUGCUCUUCUGCUCUGGUAUGGAGGAUACCUCGUCAGGCAUCGCUAUACUAAUGGAGGUCUCGCCAUAGCCACCAUGUUCUCUGUUAUGAUAGGUGGACUGGCUUUGGGACAAUCUGCUCCAAGCAUGGCAGCAUUCGCGAAGGCCAAAGUGGCGGCUGCGAAGAUCUACCGUAUUAUUGACCACAAACCCAGCAUCGACCGGAACAGUGAAUCGGGUUUAGAACUGGAUUCUGUUACAGGCCAAGUUGAGCUUAAAAAUGUUAAUUUCUCGUACCCAUCUAGGCCCGAUGUAAAGAUCCUCAGUGACUUCUCCUUGAACGUCCCUGCCGGGAAGACCAUAGCUUUAGUUGGGAGCAGUGGCUCUGGGAAGAGCACUGUUGUCUCCCUCAUUGAAAGAUUCUAUGAUCCCACUUCAGGAGAAAUUCUGCUAGAUGGGCAUGAUAUUAAGAUGCUGAAGCUGCGAUGGCUGAGGCAACAGAUUGGUCUGGUUAGCCAAGAGCCUGCACUGUUUGCGACCACCAUUAAAGAAAACAUGCUCUUGGGCAGGCCAGAUGCUACCCUGGUCGAGAUCGAAGAGGCUGCAAGAGUUGCUAAUGCCCACUCUUUCAUCGUAAAGCUACCCGAAGGCUAUGAUACUCAGGUGGGAGAGAGGGGUCUGCAGCUCUCAGGAGGUCAGAAACAGAGGAUAGCAAUAGCAAGGGCAAUGCUGAAGAACCCGGCAAUCCUGCUUUUGGAUGAGGCAACAAGUGCACUCGACUCAGAAUCAGAGAAGCUGGUUCAGGAGGCUCUGGAUCGGUUCAUGAUUGGAAGGACAACUCUUGUCAUUGCGCACCGACUCUCUACCAUCCGCAAGGCUGACCUUGUUGCAGUCCUCCAGCAGGGGAGUGUCUCUGAGAUUGGGGCACAUGACGAGCUCAUGGCCAAAGGUGAAAAUGGUGUCUAUGCCAAGCUCAUCCGCAUGCAAGAGAUGGCACAUGAAACUGCACUUAACAAUGCUAGGAAAAGCAGUGCCAGGCCUUCUAGUGCCAGAAACUCUGUAAGCUCUCCGAUAAUUGGCCGGAACUCAUCAUAUGGUCGAUCACCAUACUCACGGCGACUCUCUGACUUCUCCACCUCAGACUUUAGCCUCUCCCUUGAUGGGUCACUUCCCAAUUACCGGCUUGAGAAGCUUGCAUUCAAAGAGCAGGCUAGCUCCUUCUGGCGACUUGCCAAGAUGAACUCUCCUGAAUGGGCCUAUGCCCUCCUUGGCUCUGUUGGCUCCGUUGUGUGUGGCUCAUUAAGUGCCUUCUUUGCUUAUGUUCUCAGUGCUGUCCUUAGUAUCUACUACAAUCCAGACCAUGCCUACAUGAUUCGUGAGAUCGGAAAGUACUGCUACCUUCUAAUUGGGGUUUCAUCAGCAGCUCUUCUCUUCAAUACCCUACAGCAUUUCUUCUGGGAUGUUGUGGGAGAGAACCUUACUAAGCGGGUGAGAGAAAAGAUGCUGGCAGCUGUACUGAAAAAUGAAUUGGCAUGGUUUGAUCGUGAGGAAAAUGAGAGUGGUAGGAUUGCAGCAAGGUUGGCACUUGAUGCCAACAAUGUUCGAUCAGCAAUUGGAGACAGGAUUUCUGUGAUUAUGCAGAACUCAGCUCUCAUGCUUGUUGCUUGCACUGCAGGGUUUGUUUUACAAUGGCGUCUGGCCCUUGUCCUUGUUGCUGUUUUCCCUGUCGUUGUUGCUGCCACUGUUCUGCAGAAAAUGUUCAUGACAGGGUUCUCUGGAGACUUGGAAGCUGCCCAUGCCAAGGCUACACAACUUGCAGGUGAGGCUGUGGGGAAUGUCAGAACAGUUGCUGCCUUCAAUUCAGAGGCAAAAAUUGUCGGGCUUUUCUCCUCAAGCCUUGAGAAACCAUUGCGACGUUGCUUUUGGAAGGGCCAAAUUGCCGGAAGCGGCUUUGGCGUAGCCCAGUUCUCACUUUAUGCUUCCUAUGCACUGGGGCUAUGGUAUGCCUCCUGGCUUGUAAAACAUGGCAUCUCUGAUUUCUCCAAGACAAUCCGAGUCUUCAUGGUCCUCAUGGUGUCUGCAAAUGGUGCGGCUGAGACACUGACCCUUGCUCCUGACUUCAUUAAGGGAGGUCGUGCAAUGCGGUCUGUCUUUGAUCUUCUUGACCGCAAGACUGAAAUUGAUCCUGAUGAACCUGAUUCAGCUCCUGUUCCUGAAAGACUACGAGGAGAAGUCGAAUUCAAACACGUCGAUUUUGCCUACCCAUCUCGCCCUGAUGCACAAGUCUUCCGAGACCUUACACUGCGUGCCCGUGCAGGCAAGACACUUGCUCUUGUUGGCCCAAGUGGGUGUGGUAAAAGCUCUAUAAUCGCACUAAUACAACGAUUCUAUGAGCCAUCAUCUGGACGGAUAUUGAUAGAUGGAAAAGACAUUCGGAAAUACAAUCUCAAGUCACUAAGACAGCACAUGGCAUUAGUGCCUCAAGAGCCUUGCCUAUUUGCUGCAACCAUAUAUGACAACAUUGCAUAUGGGCGUGAGUCUGCAACUGAGGCAGAGAUCAUUGAGGCUGCAACACUGGCAAAUGCACACAAGUUCAUAUCAGCUCUGCCGGAGGGAUACCGGACUUGGGUUGGAGAAAGGGGUGUCCAAUUGUCUGGUGGGCAGAGGCAGAGGAUUGCCAUAGCUCGUGGGUUUGUGAGGAAAGCAGAGGUGAUGUUACUGGAUGAGGCAACAAGUGCAUUAGAUGCAGAAUCUGAGAGGUGUGUACAGGAAGCAUUGGAAAGAGCUUGCUCGGGGAAGACCACCAUUAUUGUGGCACAUAGGCUAUCAACAAUAAGGAAUGCUCAUGUGAUAGCAGUGAUCGACGAUGGGAAGGUGGCAGAGCAAGGAUCACACUCGCAUCUCUUGAAACACAACCCAGAUGGGUGCUAUGCACGGAUGAUACAGCUGCAGAGGUUUUCACAUGGGCAGGCAAUCACAAUGGGAAUGGCAUCAGGGUCUACUUCGCAUGCCACUAAUAUCAGUCCUAGAGAGGACCAAGGUUGAGUAGUCCCCCAACCCCAAAUGAGGCCAGUAUUUGAGUAAAUUGGAUACGUUCCUAAU